GUUCAAACGUCAUCUCGGUACGCUCGCGCACGCACGUAAUUUCUGUAAAUAGAGCCGACUGUCGACCGUCGAUCGGAGCUGGUGAUGACAAGCGAGCGUUCACAGCAAUGGCAUCGGCAUUGGAGCAAUUUGUAAAUAAUGUGCGAACACUCUCGAAACAAGGCAAUUUCAGGGAGCUGUGUGAAAUUAUAAAUAAAAGCUCCGAAGUGCUGACAAAAAAUGGACAGCACUUGGACAAUGUCCUGGAAACGCUAGAUCUGCAACAACACUCGCUGGGCAUUCUCGCAGUGCUUUGCGCAAAAUUUUCACUGCCCAAUCCCAAUGGUGGAAACAAUGCCGAUGUAAACAAACCGUUGUUCAAUCAGGUUCAGGAGUUUAUUAUUGGCUGUAACGGAGAACAAGUUCGAUUUGCGCCAGACACGUAUGCGGAAUUGUGUCACCUGUUAACACAGAGCUUAGUAGAAUUGAAAGCACCGUUGCGUGGAAUUGAAUUACUGCGCCGUGCGAUACGCAAGAUACAACUGUUUGACAGCCAGUUGACUUCGAUACACGCCGAUCUUUGCCAACUGUGUCUCCUGUCCAAGUGUUUUAAACCGUCUCUUGAGUUCCUCGAUAUAGACAUCACGGGCAUCAGUCAGGAGGGGGGCCAGUUUGAUUCGAAAUACUUCUUACUGUAUUACUACUAUGGUGGCAUGAUAUAUACAGCAUUGAAGAAUUAUGAUCGAGCGUUAUACUUCUUCGAGGUAUGCGUGACGACACCCGCGAUGGCAGUCAGUUACAUCAUGCUGGAGGCCUACAAAAAAUACAUCUUGAUCUCACUGAUAUUACAUGGGAAAGUACUGAACCUACCUAGGUACACGAGCCAAGUGAUCAACAGAUACAUCAAGCCGUUGAGCCAGCAAUAUCAGGAAUUGGCGACAGCCUACCUAGUCAACAGCUGCGACGAAGUGCAGAGCCUGAUCACCAAGUAUCAGCAACUGUUUGUAAGGGAUCACAAUCUGGGCCUCGUGAAGCAAGUGCUUGCUUACUUGUACAAGAAGAAUAUACAGAGAUUGACCAAGACUUUCCUGACGCUUAGCUUGAGCGACGUCGCGAGUAGAGUUCAAUUGUCGGGACCCGCCGAAGCGGAAAAAUACAUCCUAAACAUGAUCGAAGAUGGUGAAAUUUUUGCGACUAUUAAUCAGAAGGAUGGUAUGGUAGUGUUCCACGACGAUCCUGAGAAAUACAAUUCACCGCAAAUGCUAGCAAACUUUGAGAAGGAAAUGGCGACAUGUACGGAGCUAGACAAGCGAGUAAUGGAAAUGGAGGAAGAAGUCGUCCUCACGCCGCAAUACGUUCGUAAAGCUUGCGGACAGAACGAUCAGGACGAUCAAACCGCUGGGCCUGCACCAACGAAUGUCACAAAUGCGCAGAGUCAAAUUAAACAGAAUACUUAUUCGAUGUAACAUAUACAUGUCGUUGUGCGUUAUCUUUAUUAAAAAAAAAUAAUGAAAAAUGAUGUGUACGUGUAUGAUGGCAGAUCUUGUUACGAAUCAGGACUUACAUUUGAAAGCUUGUUUUGGAUGGUAAUAGCAGUUAGAAGAAUAUCGUCGUGAUCCACGCGUCGCCUAUUUUAUAGAAAUAUUUAAAGAUAAGAGUUAGAGGGGUUAGAUUGUACAAUAUAUGUAUGUACGCGCGCGCACACAAGCACACACAUACGUUACAGAGAUUUUGUUUCAUCUUAUAUUAAUAAAUUAUACCAUGAUAUUAAAUUAAUUGUUCAUAAUCCACAGCAAACAUGAUCGUUCACUUAUCAAAAUCUCUAUAACGUGUAUAAAUUUUCUUAUUUAUGUGAGAAUUGAGCUUAUACAUACAUAAAUACAUACAUAAA